CGACUGAUCAAGAAGGAAUCAUCAACAAAAUGUUAUAUGGCCUCUUGCUUUUUGUCGGCAGAGAAAGCCAAGGGAGAAAUGCACACCAACUCCAUGAAUAUAUGCUAAGGAAGAAGGAGAAACAAGCAAGAAACCAUCCAAAGUUUCCAAAAUCCUGAGCUCAAACACAGCAGCCCACUUCUAGGAUCAUCCGAAAGGUAUCGUAGAGAAGGUUUAGUGUUGGAAUAUUGAAAUUAAUGAGUUAAUCGUCGGAAUCGUUGUUCGUCGACAUAUCCGAAAUCCUGGAUAGCAACUUUCCUUUGAUUUCAGGUCCGAUUUACGCUAUUUUACAUCUCUUAAAUCGAAAUACUUUCUAUACGAAAGUUAUAGCCUUACAUCUUAGGAAUCCACAGAAUCAAACGGUUUGCAAUUCCGUGAAGAAACGAUGGAGAUAUGCUCAAAAUACCGCAGGCUGUCCAAUUGUGACGAGAUUGACAAAGUUGGUGAAUUUCGAUGUUGUUUCCACUCCCGCUCAUCCGUAAGGUUUCGACCGAUGAUUUCCAGAAAGCCAAGGGAGAAAUGCACACCAACUCCAUGAAUAUAUGCUAAGGAAGAAGGAGAAACAAGCAAGAAACCAUCCAAAGUUUCCAAAAUCCUGAGCUCAAACACAGCAGCCCACUUCUAGGAUCAUCCGAAAGGUAUCGUAGAGAAGGUUUGGUGUUGGAAUAUUGAAGUUAAUGAGUUAAUCGUCGGAAUCGUUGUUCAUCGACAUAUCCGAAAUCCUGGACAGCAACUAUCCUUUGAUUUCAGGUCCGAUUUACGCUAUUUUACAUCUCUUAAAUCAAAAUACUUUCUAUACGAAAGUUAUAGCCUUACAUCUUAGGAAUCCACAGAAUCAAACGGUUUGCAGUUCCGUGAAGAAACGAUGGAGAUAUGCCCAAAAUACCGCAGGCUGUCCAAUUGUGACGAGAUUGACAAAGUUGGUGAAUUUCGAUGUUGUUUCCACUCCUGCUCAUCCGUAAGGUUUCGACCGAUGAUUUCCAGGUCUAUACCUUUGCGUUAGACUUGUCGAAUCAUUCAUCACAUAGGUACAUGAACAUAUAUAUUAAUCCAUAUGUUGAAAUUAUCCCAAAAUAUAUAUGUGAUGCAUAUAUAAGUCAUCUAUAUGUUAAGAUCAAAAUACACCAAAUCUAUAAGGUUAAUAUACACAUAAGUAAAUAUAAAAUUUGGAAAUCGACCCUACAAUAUGUAUAUUUCAAUCAAAGGUUUUUAAAAGACGUAAACAAAUAUUUUGGACCCUCAAAAUAUCAAGAGUAAGACUCGCAUACUCAAACGGUCGACGCAAACGGUCGACCGUCGUGAUAAAACUUCGAAACGAACAAUGACUGUCAGCCAAACGGUCGACCGCCGGUGGCUGACGGUCGACCAUCGCCCACCCAGCCGAGAACCGCCGCCGCCACCCAGUCAACAACGGUCGACCGCCGGUCAACCGCGGUCGACCGUCACGGUGAUCCGCCAAUCCGACCUGAUGAAGAUCAAGGUCGACUGUCGCGCAAACGGUCGACCGUUCCGAGCCCUGUAGCUUAAUUAAAUAAUAUUUUUAUCAGAUUUCAUCCAAAUAAAAUAAACGUGAUGUGCGGGACUUACUAGUCCGAGUACCACCCCUACUUUCUAGUCUCCCUUGAGAGACUAAGGCCGCGUGAGUUCGUCGUACCAAAUGGGCGAAUCUCAUAGCGCAAGGGUGUCCUUGCUCGUUAGAAUCAUGCAUCAUGUUAUUAUCAUCAAGUACAAUUACAUUGAUUACCUAGGCUUCAUGUAAUCAUCAUCAAGAACAAGCAAAUUGAUUAAAUGUGUCAUCAUGUAAUUAUCAUUAAAUAUUUAUCAUCAUGAAUCAUCAAAUUGACCAUAUGAUAUAAUGUGCCAUAUCAUGAAUAUUAUUAUUAUACAUUUGUGGACGUAUAUAUAUGUAUAUGUAUAUGUCUGUGAACCAUUCUACAAUUCUAGCGUGGUACCACUCAGCGGUUUCGCUGAGCGUGUAGUUUGUAUUUUUCGUUGACUACACGUAGGUAACAAGAAGACAAUGAUGGAACCUUUCCCGGAGGGCAUUAAGUCAGUGGAGAUGUAAGGAUGCGUCCGUUUACAAACUAGUAGUCUAAAAAUUUACACAGUACUAAACUAAUAAUAACAUGAAGGCGUAAUGAGACUUUUAUAAAAAUUUACCCAGCGCUAGGUCUCAGACAUUUAAAUUGUAAAUAUUCAUUAACAGUAAAAGUUUACAGUUCUCUUUAAAAAUAUAUUGAGAGCAAAGUGGAAUUAAGCACAAAUUCCGUGUUAUACGGAUUGGGGUGUUACAGGAACUGUGCAAGUAACUAGUUUAGUUAUCAGGACCGGUAUGUAUUCCCUCAAUUUUAGGUGAAAUUAUUAGAUUUCAUUUCAUACAAAUCAAUAAGGUGUGAUUGCUUGUAUAUUAGAUAAGAUAAGAUCAAAUCAAAUUCAAUCAGAUCU